AUGAAUACGGGCCCCUACAGUGCCGCAACGGUCAACGAGGAGCUUCGUGCUAGUGACUGGGGGUACCACACAUCUGGCCAAGGGGAUGGUGCCGCAGAGCCAGGGGGGCAAUCCCAGUUCAUGGUCACCAGGCUCAACCGCAGGCAACGGGGGCUGCUUGCGUUCGCGUGCCAGGUCCUAGCUCCGCUGUUGUGUGGACAGGAGCGCGAUGGGCGGAGCAUCGGUCGCAAACGCUUGCCGGGGGCGUGGCCACGUGACUUGUCCCCCAACCGUGAUCUGAAGGUGGCCACGUGGCCGAGGCAGGCCAAGCAGAGUGCUUUUGCCAGCGUCGGUACCAAGCUGGACGGCGGCGUGCGCUUCCUGGUGCAGCUGCGGGCCGACCUGCUCGAGGCUCAGGCCCUUAAGCUGGUGGAGGGGCCGGACGUCCGGGAAAUGAAUGGCGUGCUGAAAGGAAUGCUCUCAGAAUGGUUUUCCUCCGGGUUCCUGAACCUAGAACGGGUCACCUGGCAUUCACCGUGUGAAGUGCUUCAGAAAAUCAGUGAGGCUGAGGCUGUGCAUCCUGUAAAAAACUGGAUGGACAUGAAGCGCCGCGUUGGGCCCUACAGAAGAUGUUACUUCUUUUCUCACUGUUCAACUCCUGGGGAGCCCCUGGUCAUUUUGCAUGUGGCACUGACUGGUGACAUCUCCAGCAACAUCCAGGCAAUCGUGAAGGAAUGUCCUCCAUCAGAAACGGAAGAGAAGAACAGAAUUGCUGCUGCGAUCUUUUAUUCCAUCAGUUUGACCCAGCAGGGACUCCAAGGGGUGGAGCUGGGAACAUUCCUCAUAAAGCGAGUCGUCAAGGAGUUGCAGCGAGAGUUUCCUCACCUUGGAGUGUUUUCGAGUCUGUCACCUAUACCUGGAUUCACCAAAUGGCUUCUGGGGCUUCUGAACUCGCAAGUGAAGGAUCACGGGAGGAAUGAACUCUUCACAGAUUCGGAGUGUAAGGAGAUCUCGGAGAUCACAGGUGGCCCCACUAACGAGACCCUCAAGCUCCUCCUCAGCAGCAGCGAGUGGGUGCAGUCGCAGACCCUGGUGCGGGCGCUGCAGACUCCGCUCAUGAGGCUGUGCGCCUGGUACCUGUAUGGAGAGAAGCACCGCGGCUACGCGCUGAACCCCGUGGCCAACUUCCACCUGCAGAACGGGGCGGUGCUGUGGCGCAUCAACUGGAUGGCGGAUGUGAGCCUCAAAGGCAUCACCGGCUCCUGCGGCCUCAUGGCCAACUACCGCUACUUCCUGGAGGAGACGGGCCCCAACAGCACCUCCUACCUCGGCUCCAAGAACAUCAAAGCCUCUGAGCAGGUGCUCAGCCUCGUGGCCCAGUUUCAGAAGAACAGCAAGCUCUGACAGUGAACCUCUCCUAAAGCACAGGGCCCCAGCUAAGAAAAUGAUCGUUUUCAGGAGGGGCCGGGAGUUUUAUAUCUGAAGGAGUUUUCCAAGCAGAGCCAAAGUUCACUGUGUUCUUGGCCCACAGCCAGGCCACGCUGUGAGGCCAGGCCUCAGCUUCCCUUGCCUUGGGCGAGACGCGCCCAGUGCAAGACGGUUGUGGGUGCGGGUGCACACAGAUAGGUGGGUUGCUGUGCUGUCUCCAGAAGAUUUCUCGUUGCCCUUGACCUGGCUCCCUGCCCGGGGCUGGUGCUGUGUUACUUACAUCUUCAGGAAGCUGUACAGCCUCUGCCAUUAUCGUCCCAGGGGGAUCCGGCAUCCUCCUAAGGACCAGGGCGAGUGCCCACAUAAGAGUAGGUGUUCCUUUGCGCUCACAAAACAAUGCGGCGAUGGUUGCUUUAGCCAUUUCUCACCAUGCAAUGCAGAGGUAUAAAGGACUGUGCUACACUUCCCAGUUAAAUUCUGAAGGUCAUAAAUGUAUGAAAAGGUUUGUGACUUUGCACAAGGUGUGUGUAGUAAGUUAAAUCGUGGAACACAAAAAUGCUGCUGCUUGAGGCAUAAGUUGAAUGAUAGGCUUUAAAUGAUCAGGGAUUCAGGUUCAUAAUGAACUUCACAGUAUAGAACAUGUUUGUUCUGUAAAGCAUUAAA